UCUAUCAUGACGUCACGAAUAUAUUCUGACCCCGGAAGUGCUAAAGAUUCUCUAACUUCACACUGUUUGUUUAUAAUGGAAGUCCUCCGUUUUCUCCUGUGUAGUGUUUGUUUUAGUUGAUCCGAACCAGCGGAACCGCUGUAUCCGGAUGAAACCGACUGACUGGACUUUGUUCUGUUCACAUUCUGUGUCUGUUUUACUCCUGAUUUAUCUCUGAUUAGCUCAGUGAUGCUAAAGUUAGCGUAGCUCGCUAGCUAAUGACCUAUCUGUGAUGGAGACAAAUUGCGUUUCUGACAAAGUUUGUGUGGAGAAAAAGUGUCCAAUGCCCAGAAGAGUCCAGAUUCUGAGGUCACUGGUGGAGCAGAGACUAAGUGCAGCUGCUGAAGAGAUAUUUGGGCUGUUUGAAAGAACCAUAGCAGAGUACGAGGAGGAACUUUGUCGAACUAAAGAAGAAAACCAGAGACAAAGUCAAAUACUGGACACAGUUUGGAACCAGAAAGACCUGAUGCACAAAGCAGAUCAGUGGUCCUACCAUGGUUGGCUGUGCAGCUUUUGGAUGCAGCAAUCGCUCUGAGAAAGGGGUCCGGAUGUAUGGCUUUCCCAGGGACAUGGCCCGCAGUAAAAGAUGGAUGGCGUUGGUCAGGAGGCAAGACUUACUGCUUAAAGGUGACACUAACAACUACAGAAAAAUUUGCGAAGUCCACUUUGAGGACGACCAGUUCAUGGUCACAAAAAGAGGCGCACUGAAGUUGAGACCAGAUGCUGUCCCAACCGUCUUCAUUAAUUGCCCCAAGCCCGGGAGGAGGAUCAGACCUUUAAGGAUGAUGGUUCAUAAUGUAGUUCAAACACCUGUUGACCACCUUCACUACACAAAACGAAACCGCGAAAAACCCAGUCUGGACCAGGAGGACUCCGAGCCCCCCACCAUCAAAGAAGAACAGGCGGAGCUGUGGACCAAUCAGGAGGAAGAAGAGCAGCUGAUACCAGCAUCGGACAUUCAUCAGGUUUUGGUGGUUAAAGAAGAGGUUCCCUUUGAUCAUCAGGACUGGAGCCCCUGUCUGGACCAGAACCAGGAGGAUCCAGAGCCACCUCACAUUAAAGAGGAACCAGAGGAACUGUGGACCAAACAGGAGGCUGAUAUAAUCAAGUCCUCACCCACUCCUGUCCCUGUGAAGAGUGAGGAUGAUGAAGAGGAAGCUCAGUCCUCACAGCUUCAUCAAAGACAAACUGAAGUGGACAUGGAGGAACCAGAUGGAGAGGACUGUGGAUCAGAACCAUUCAGCAGCUUCCAUCCACACGGACUUCUACAAACACAGAGUGAUGACGAGGCGACAGUAUCUUUAGAAAGUGAUGAUAGUCUGAACUUUUUACCAACACAGAGCGAUGAAGAGACGACUGUAUCUUUAGAAAGUGGCGAUAGUCUGAACGGUGAUUGUUGGAAAGAUGUCUGUGAACACCAGUCAGGGACAAAAUCCCCUAAGAAGACAAACAGGAAGGAGGUGAUCAACACACCUGGGGACAAAAUGGAACAUAAUGACUUCACUGUAACCGAUGCAGGAUGUGAAAUGAAAAAUCAGUGCUUGGAGUGUGGGAAAAUAUUUGGCACAAAGUCACAAUUGAUGAUACACAUUAGAAUUCACACAGGAGAGAAACCAUUUGAUUGUUCAGUGUGUGGAAAGAAGUUUACACAAAAAUCCAACUUACUUUCUCACAUGAAGCUCCACACCGGGGAAAAAUCAUUUAGUUGUUUCGUCUGCGGUAAAAGAUUUGCUCAGAACUCAAAUUUAAUUAAUCAUGUGAAAAUGCAUACAGAACAGAAAGCAUUCUGCUGUUCAGAAUGUGGUAAAAAAUUUGCUUUUAAAUCGGGCUUAAUUCAUCACAUGAAAUGCCACACAGGGGAAAAACCUUUCAGCUGCUCGGUUUGUCAGAAAAGUUUCAUCUAUGAACGUGUUCUGCGGUUACACAUGGUGAGUCACACGGGAGAGAAGGCCUUCGCUUGUUCAGAAUGCGGUAAAAAGUUUGGCCUCAAGUCGAAUUUGCUUCGUCACAUGAAAGGUCACACGGGACAGAAACCGUACAGUUGUUCAGUUUGUCAGAAACAGUUCAGACAGAAAAGCGAUGUUCAGAUCCACAUGAAGAUCCACACGAGAGAGAAGACGACACAUUCAGGUGCAGAAGACGACAAGUAGAACUCCAACACGAGAAAAGGAUACAGUUAAUACGUGCUUCACCGGGUGAUGUGCAGUAGGCCAGCUGUUGCCAUGGUAACAGCAACACUCACUUGACCUGCAAUUGCCGACAUCCUAAGAUUAUGUCUGAUACAUUCAACUCUGCCUGGAAAUCUCUUUAAAAGCUUUUCUUUUCUUUUUUUUUUUAGAAAAUCGUUAUAAUUUAUAAUUUAAUCUAUUCUUUUUCCGUUAAAGCUGCUAUUAUAUUAUUUCACCUCUAUGUGACUGUAUCUUUGAUGCCUCCAUAACUAAAGCCUUUUAUUAUUAUUAUUAUUAUAAUUAUUGUUUAGGUGAAAGGUGAUGAGCUGAUUUUAUGCUAUUACCAAAAAGUAACAGUGUAAAAGAAACACUACAACAAUGGGGCAAAUGGUGCAAAAAAACCCAGAAAUUAUGUUAAAAAACAAAAAAAAACAAACAAAAGUGAAGGCCAAGCGACAAACAAAAAAAACAAUGCGACAAAAACAGAAUAAAAUGUAACAAAAACUUUGUCAAUUAUGCAUCAUGAUAAAAAAUUAUGCAGAAGAUAAAAAGAAGCAAACAUUUUACUAAAAGACGAGAAAAUGAUGUAAAAGACACAACAAAAAACAAAGUAACAGAUACAACAGUAGAAUGAUAUAACAAGACAACAGUGUAAAAAAAAACAAGAAAAAUAAGUUAAAUAUGCAACAUGAUGAAAAUUAUGUCGAAAAUCCAAUGAAACAGGAGUUUUACAAAAAGGUGGUGAGACCAAAAUGGAGCAAAAAGAUUAAAACAAUGUAAAAAGACAAAGCUGAUGCCAAAAUGACAACAAAGAGUAAGACAUGAAAAGAAAAGUGUUGUAAAAGAUGCAACAAGACCAAAACAACACAAGAUGAAAACUUUAUAAAAUGUGACUUUUUUUUUAAGGGUUUUAUUGUUGUAAUAUUUUCUUUGUCAAACAGUUUGUAACUUUGUUUAAACCAGCGCUCUAUAAACAGAGACUAUUAAUGUUAAUACUUUGUAUAUGCUUCCUCUUCUGUUUCUGAGAAAUAAAGGUGCUUGGAUUGAA